AUGGAAGGAUGUCGACCGAGUUCUUUUCCCAUUGAACAAAACCUUAAACUCCUCACCGAAGAUAAGGAUCCCAAGGUCGAUGCUGGUUCUUAUCGUCGCCUUAUUGGGCGGCUUCUCUACCUCCAGGCCACCCGUCCGGACAUUUCUUAUUCGGUUAAUACUCUUAGCCAAUUUGUCUCGGACCCUCGUCAGAGUCACAUGGAUGUUGUCAUGCGAAUUCUUCGAUACCUCAAAGCUACCCCGGGUCAAGGCAUACUUCUAGCUAAAGAAGGAGGUACAAACUUAGUCGCUUAUUCUGACUCGGACUGGCUUGGUUGUCCACUUUCUAGACGUUCUCGAACCGGUUACCUCAUUCUUCUUGGUGGUGCUCCCAUCUCAUGGAAAACCAAAAAGCAGUCUGUUGUCUCACGCUCUUCCGCUGAAGCUGAAUAUCGAGCCAUGGCUUCCACUGUCAGUGAGGUAAUUUGGUUACGAUGGCUGUUACAUGAACUGAAUGUUCAACAAACGGGUCCUACAACUCUCUUCUGCGACAACCAGGCCGCACGACACAUCGCAAAUAAUCCAGUCUUUCAUGAACGUACUAAACAUGUUGAAAUGGACUGCUAUUUUGUACGUGAACGUGUGGAAUCUAAAGAAAUUUGCACCAUGCCCAUCGAUUCUAAACUUCAGCUUGCUGAUCUCCUAACCAAAGGCCUUGGUGCUGCUCAACUCAACUUCUUGCUUGGCAAGCUGGGCGUUGUUAACCUUCACGCUCCAGCUUGA